AUGAACGUGGACGAGGUCGAAGACAGGGACGGCGUACGUCUCUCAUGGAAUGUCUGGCCCUCGACCAAGCUUGAGGCGACCCGCACGGUGGUGCCGAUCGGGGCGCUCUACACACCGCUUAAAGAGCGCUCCGAUUUGCCCCCGGUCUUGUACGAGCCUGUAUCGUGCAAGCCGCCGUGCCGCGCGGUGCUGAACCCAUAUUGCCAGGUCGACGUGCGCGGAAAGCUGUGGAUCUGCCCGUUCUGCCUGUCGCGGAACCCAUUCCCGCCGCACUACAAGGACAUUAGCAACACCAACCUUCCUGCGGAGCUUUUGCCGAAAUACACCACCAUCGAGUACACGCUGAGCCGCAUGUCGCAGAUCCCGCCGAUUUUCUUGUACGUCGUGGAUACGUGCAUGGAUGCGGACGAUCUGAAGGCGCUCACCGAGUCGCUCGUCGUGUCCCUCUCGCUCUUGCCGCCGCACGCGCUUGUUGGUCUUGUGACCUUUGGCACCGUGGUCCAAGUACACGAGCUGGGAUACGAGUUGUGUCCAAAGAGUUUUGUGUUCCGUGGGUCCAAGGACUACUCGCCCAAAGGCAUCCAGGACAUGCUUGGCCUUACGCCCGGCUCGCGACCCACGCCCGGCACCCAGGGCGGCCCGAGCCAGCCCAAGGCGACCGGCGGACAGAUUGGUGCCGCGCGCUUCCUUUUGCCCGUGUCGCAGUGUGAGUACCAACUCACGACAAUCAUCGAACAACUUCAGCGGGACCCGUGGCCUGUAGCGAACGACAAACGUGCGCAGCGCUGCACGGGCGCCGCACUUAGCGUCUCGGUCGGGCUCUUGGAAAGCACCUUCCCGAACACGGGCGCGCGUGUCAUGCUCUUUUGUGGCGGCCCCUGCACGGAAGGCCCCGGUCAAGUUGUCUCGACGGAGCUGCGCGAGCGGAUCCGUUCGCACCACGACAUUGAGAAGGACAAUGUGCGCUUCUUUAAGCGUGCAAGCCGCUUCUAUGAAAACCUCGGCCGGCGCGCGGCGCACAAUGGGCAUACGAUCGACGUAUUCUCUGGAUGCCUGGACCAGGUGGGCCUGCUGGAGAUGCACUCGCUGAGCAAUGUCACCAACGGGAAUGUGCUGCUUGUCGACUCGUUCCAGAUGGGCAUUUUCAAGCAGAGCUUCAACAAGAUCUUUGACAAGGACGAGCAUGGCAACUUGCUUAUGGGCUUCAACGCUACGCUCGACGUGCAGUGCACCAAGGAGCUUAAAGUGUCUGGCCUUAUUGGGCACGCCAUCUCUGCGAGCAAAAAAUCAGCGAGUGUGGGCGAGACAGAGAUCGGUAUUGGCGGCACGUCGGCGUGGCGCAUUGCAUCGCUUACGCCGCGCACCAGCCAGGCCAUCUACUUUGAAGUGGCCACGCCUGCUGGCCAGCCGCUGCAGCCUGGCUCGCGCGGCCUGGUGCAGUUUGUGACACACUACCAACACGCUUCUGGCCAGUUCCGUCUGCGCGUCACGACCAUUGCUCGCAACUUUGCGGACGGCGAGUCUGGUCAGAUUGCCCUCUCGUUCGACCAGGAGGCAGCAGCUGUGCUGAUGGCGCGCAUUGCUGUAUUCAAGGCUGAGAUCGAUGACAGCCCCGAUGUACUGCGCUGGCUGGACAGGAUGCUCAUCCGUCUCUGCCAAAAGUUUGCCGAGUACCGCAAGGACGAUCCCACGAGUUUCCGGCUGAGCGAAAACUUCAACAUUUACCCGCAGUUCAUGUUCCACUUGCGCCGCUCGCAAUUCUUGCAGGUGUUCAACAACUCGCCUGACGAGACGGCGUACUACCGCCAUAUCCUAAACUCGGAGGAUGUGAACAGCUCAUUGAUCAUGAUCCAGCCGACACUCAUGUCGUAUGGCUUCGAAGGGCCGCCGCAGCCCGUGCUCUUGGAUAGCAUGUCGAUUCGUCCCGACGUGAUCCUGCUCCUCGACACCUUCUUCCACCUGCUCAUCUUCCACGGCGAAACGGUUGCACAAUGGCGCAAGGCUGGAUACCAGGACCAGGAGGGGUACGAAAACUUCCGCGAGAUCCUCGAUACGCCCCAGGUAGAUGCACAGGAUCUGCUCUGCGAGCGUUUCCCGAUUCCGCGCUACAUUGUGUGCGACCAAAACGGGUCUCAGGCACGUUUCCUGCUCUCCAAGCUGAACCCAUCGACAACGCACAUGACGGGCGGUGCGUACGGCAAUUCGAAUCAAGGCGCUGCUAUCUUUACCGACGAUGUCAGCUUGCAAGUGUUUAUGGAGCACCUUAAACGCCUUGCUGUGGGCGCAAACAGUGGAUAG